CAGUGAAAAUGGCGGCUGCGAAUAGAGCACAACCAGCGUUCUGCCUUGGGGAGCACACCUUAAGUGUGCCUAUGGAGCUCCAUAAGGAGAACAGGAAACGGUUGUGUGAGCGGCUCAGAGCUAACAAGAACGUGCCAAAGAACUCGGUGGUGGUGAUCCAGGGAGGGGAAAGUGCAACACAGUACUGUUCUGAUAAAGAACUGCUCUUUAGACAGGAGUCCUAUUUUCAGUGGAUGUUUGGUGUAGCAGAACCAGAUUCCUAUGGUGCAAUUGAUGUAGACACGGGAAUGGGGAUUUUGUUCAUACCAAAGUUACCUGAAAGCUAUGCAACUUGGAUGGGAAAGAUCCAUCCACCUGAGCACUUUAAAGACAAAUAUGGCGUUGAUAAAGUAAAGUUUGUUGAAGAUAUUGCUACUGUUCUGAAGAAUAUGAAUCCAUCAAAACUACUCACUUUGAGGGGACUUAAUACUGACAGUGGCAAACAUUGCAGAGAAGCAGCUUUUGAUGGCAUAGGGGAUUUCACUGUGGACAACAAGUUGUUGCACCCUGAGAUUAUGGAGUGCCGAGUGAUUAAAACAGACAUGGAGCUGGAGGUGUUGCGUUAUGUGAACAGAAUCAGCAGUGAGGCUCACAAAGAGGUGAUGAAGAGCAUCAGGCCAGGCAUGUAUGAAUACCAGAUGGAAAGUGCAUUCCAGCACUAUUGUUAUGUGAAUGGUGGAAUGAGGAUUAUGUCAUACACGUGUAUUUGUGGAAGUGGUUUCAACAGCUCCAUCCUCCAUUAUGGACAUGCUGGUGCCCCAAAUAGCAAGAAAAUCCAAGAUGGAGACAUGUGUCUGUUUGACAUGGGUGCUGAAUACCACUGCUACACCUCCGAUAUCACCUGUUCCUUCCCCGCCAACGGCAAGUUCACAGAGGACCAGAAGAAGAUCUACAACGCUGUGUUCAAGGCAAGCCGUGCCGUCAUGCAGGCUGUCAGGCCAGGAGUGUCCUGGGUUGAGAUGCAUAAGUUGGCAGAGCGCCAGAUUUUAGAGGAGCUGAAGCGACACGGCUUACUCCAGGGAGAGGUGGAUGACAUGAUGAAGGUCCGCCUGGGAGCUGUGUUCAUGCCACAUGGGCUGGGACAUUUCAUGGGACUGGAUGUGCAUGACGUGGGAGGCUACCCAGAGGGUGUCCAGCGUAUUGAUGAGCCUGGCCUGAGACAUCUGAGAACUGCCAGAACUCUGCAGGAAGGGAUGGUCCUCACUAUAGAACCAGGGGUUUACUUUAUUGAACAUUUGUUGAAUGGUGCUCUCAACACUCCAGCUCAUGCUGUGUUUCUAGUCAGGGAUGAGAUAGAGAGGUUCAGAAACUUUGGAGGGGUUCGAAUUGAAGAUGACAUUGCUGUGACCUCAGAUGGGAUGGAGCUGCUAACAGACGUCCCUCGCACAGUGGAGGAGAUCGAGGCUUUAAUGGCAUCUGGCAGACGACAGGAUGGUGCUGCUCAGCAAACCAAAGCCUGAAGUUUUGCUGAUAACUCUUUUGUGAAUUCCAUAAAAUGGAAACAUAUAUUUUGAAGUUAAUAACUGAUGACUGACUAUUAUAUAUUUCAAAGACUAUUGAAAUUAUCUGCUGUCUCUAAAUGAAAUACAUAUUAGGCAUAAUAUGCCAUAUAUUCAGUCUCUAAACCGGUAUAUAGAUUAUUACAUUUGUAUUUAUUGGGCUGAUUUCCCAAAACAGCCCUAGUUUCAGAGUUAAUGCAUUGGGGAAAAUGGUAGAGGCAUGGUGGUAAUGCAGAGAUAGAUUUCCAGGCCCCAGUUUCACAAAAAAAAAAAAAAA